AUGCACCGGUGUCUCCAGCCCUUGUUUUACGCGAGGCAAACUGGAGUGUGCUGCACCACAGUCAUCUUGUUGACGCUGCGUAAAGCAAGUACUCAUAGCACCAGCGGCAGCGGUAGAUACAUGGAAGAUGAGGACCCUGCCGCAGUGCUACGACAGCUACAGGAAGAUAUGCGAAGGCGGGCUGUUACAGAGGUGAAGGAAGCACCACCAGCAUCGCCCCGCCGCUCUGGCAAAACCAACUUCUUUGAGGUGACGAAGCCGCCAAGUAACAGUUCUGAAAAGCAGUGCAAUGAUGCUGCAAGCACCAGCUAUUUUGAAGAAAGGAAUGUCAACUCGAAAUUCGAUGUCCCAGGUCGGGCGAGCUGUGAGAACCAAAGCGACUCAAAAAGGGAGGCCUCUAACUCCUUUCUUCGGAAGCUAUCCAAGAUGGAGUCCGACUCACGCCUGCCAUCGUUUCCAACCUAUAAUGCGGCUGCUGAAGGAAGGCGCAAAAGGAUCGAGACCAAAAUCAAAGAAGAGCGCUCAAAGAUGCUGAUCUUUCGCGAUGUUGGGAUGGAUCUGGAUAAGCCAAUUCUGUCUCGCGAUGUCUUUCUGGUGCUCAAGUAUUUCCGCUAUGGAAUGGAUUUCGCUAUAGACAAUGAGCUUGAGCGGAUGUUGCGCUACUUCAACGAGCACGCCACGAACGAGCUCAAGAUCAUUCAAGACAGCAAGCUGAUGCGCGGCCCGCCGUUUCUGUCACGCAAGCGACGCCAUGUGUCACGACAAAAACCCCCAACGACGUCGUUAAUGAAGCCUACACCUGCUGUCAGGGGGUCUGCGGAAGGCGAUGUCGCGGAGCAGGAGGGUUCGACGGUAGCGUCGCAUCAGCAGGCCCUGCAGUUCCAGAUCAGCUCCGUAUUUCCUCAUAUUCGUUGCGCACAUACGCGCCAGUUCUGCUCUCCCAACGCUUUCAGUGCGGCCGCCGCGUCGAAGCUAGCCACGCUUCUAUCUCUGAGCAACAGCUCAUCGUCUUUUGCCUCGUAUUUCCCACCCAUGACGGGGCACGAGGCGAGGGGUAGCUGCAGUAAGUCGUACAACGCGAAGGACAGUGGCUUGUUCACUACGAUGACUCCUUCCAUGUUUCGUCGGCCAGCGGUAGUCAUUCUGUCCCAACUCGGGCAAAAGUUCGGCUCUCAGGCCGACAUAGAUUGGCGCCGACUUGCCUACAGCACGACCUGUCCAGGACUCCUGCCGUAUAUUCCCCUCCCAGCCGAAGAAGUGGGGACAGCAAAGAGUGGCACCACAAACUCGCAGUCACGCUACGGCAUCUCCAGAUCGGACAUUCUAGGAAAGGACGGCAGCGGUGUCCGUGCCGCCUCAUCACCGCGGUCGAUGCCGAUCGAUGUGAUUUCGCUUCGUAGUGCUGACGUCUACAAGUACGGCUGGGUGCAACGUCUGUACGUAAACCGAUUCGCCAAAUCGCUUUCCCCAACAACACCUUCUGAACCUGGCGAGCAGCCCUCUGACGACGAGAUCAAGAAUGCCCUGUUAGCCUCCUCUACGUUUGUUGGCAGCCAGUUACUGGAGCCGUUCUACGCUACACUAGGCUUGCGCAACUAUCUUCUGCCGCAUGUAAUGCUGGUAGACCAUGAAGGCAUCGUCCGCUGGCUCAGCGGUGGUCUCCCUGAUGCAGACGAGAAGGCUGUUUUCCCUUCGCUUUUACGGCAGCUGGAGUUGGAGUAUCUCAAGGCGCCCAAGUAG